AGUAAUAUGUUACCGAAUGCGACAGAUUUCAAAGUUUAAAGAACGUACGAUCGCUACAACACGUGCAGUGGAUGGAAUCAAGGUAAAGUGGGAGGCGGGAAACGGAGUAUAUCUGAUCAUGCACCUUAAUCAGUAGUUACAGUGACUAUAAGAGCAGCGUCUUUGAUCGGUUCGUAAAGUCAAAAACUCUUCCACCAGUCGCUGUAACGGUGAUCGUUAAACGUAGAAGAAUUAAGAGAACAGUGAUACAUUUGAAAUCAGUCGAUCAUGUUCCUAAAAAUUUAUACGUCCAUUCUGAUUUUCGCGUGCUGGUCAGCGGACGGUUUAAAGUCGAGCGAAGGGAGCGUGCAGUUCGACGGCAACGAGUUAAAGCCAAUGAACAACGUUUCGAAAAUUAAUCGUACUAUUUCUUUGGAAAAGUAUUCGGCCGACGAGAUAGUUUCAAACGCGACUUUGACCGAUCGCACCAUGUUACAUUUAGACGAGUUAAAUAUUUGGAACUUGCACGUACUAACGAAGCUCUGGAAUCGCGGAUCAUUAAACCUUUCAAUUGAUUGCGAAGCAGACAUGACGAAUUACAUGACGGGCUUGUCGUUGGGGGAAGAAUGGGCAUUGAAGAGUAAGUGAAAUCAAAUGAAAGAAAAUGAAACGAAAGAUUAUAAAAUUCGUACUGUAGAUUCGUCGGGUCGAUCUAUCGUACGAAUCUAUGAAAGAAAAUGUACAGCGGGGUGAGUAAGUGUACGUUGCAAUGCUUAAAUGAUCUCAAGAGAACUGCGUAAGAAUCCGUGGUCCGAGUAUUAUUCGUGGAUGAAUUAUUGAUUAUUUGCUAUGUACAGAUUUGAUAUGGAAGUGUGCGAAUUCCAUACGUAGAGUUCUCGUAAGAUUCUCUUUAUGUGGAUCACGGUAUUUAAUCGAGACUUCGCUAGUGAUUUUAAUUGGUCAGUAAUUAUUAUAGUUCUCACUCGUGGAACGAGGAAGAGUUUGUUCAGUGAGAGUACAGGAAGUAAUUACGAUGACGGACGCGACCGGCAGAUACACGUGGGGUUUAUCCUCCGGAAACGUAUUUUGGGUGGGUGCCGUGGACCAAUGUCGGGAUAUGGAAGAACAAUUUAUCGAGUGGCAGAAAACGAAAUCGAAACGCGAAGAGAACACACCACCGUUUCCGGUCGGCAUGUCGUCCGCCACCGUCAAUCUGAACGUUCGCCGAUUCACGUCAAAUGAAACUUACAGAAUUAUCUUCGGUCUGUGUCUGCCCGACGCGUGCGGCGUCGACGACGUCGAGAAGCUCUUGCGCUUGGUCGAAGAUCAACGCAGGGACGAUUCAUCAGUGAGGAUGACGAUCGGAACGAUCAGGAAUCUGUCCAGGGGAUAUUCGUUUUGGGAAGACCCUAUAUUUCACAUUUUAUCAGUCGCGUUCGUUAUAGUCACCGUUCUCGUGAUCCUGGGCACUUUGUACGACGUUUCCCUUCGAUAUCGAAUAUUGCAGACCGAGCAGACAAGUUCGAGUAUGGACAACACGACGGAACUGAAGAUCCUGAAUCACGCGGAAACGGCCGAUGGGAAGAUCACGAUGAAAAAGAUAUGGUCGGUGCGAGAGCACAACGGUUCCAGCGACGUGCAUAACUCGAACAGUGCGCCGAGACCUUUCUCGGAGGCAUUGUUGUCGUUCAGCCUGUUGUUAAAUCUCUCGAAAGUCUUCAGCCUCGACGUCGGCGCCGACACUUUGGCUCCCAUUCACGGCUUACGAUUUCUGUCGAUGCUGUGGAUCAUUCUCGUUCACACCUGUUUGACCGUGAACGUAGUUUCUGGUACGCCGGUCGUUCCAUCGUCUCUCGUAUCCGCUCGUCGACGACGCUGUCACGCGUUCUCCGUUGUUUCAGAAAUCAAAACUUUCAAGUCGAAGGCAGAGAACAAUUUCCUCUACCAGACUAUUAGCAACAGCACUUAUUCCGUCGACACGUUCUUCUUUAUGAGCGGAUGCUUAGUGUCCUUUCUGUACUUCCGUACGAUCACCAGAGACGGGAUGAAGAAGAAGAAGAUCAUAAGGGGAGCCUGCGGCGAGGUGCUUCAGUUUCUGGGUAUGGUGUGGUACCGGUACUUUCGACUGACCCCCGUUUACCUCCUGGUCAUCGGUCUCAUCGAGGUAACGUCCUCUUGGUACUAUGACCACACGAUGCUCGAUCUGUACGCUCUGGACUACCAGAAUUGUAGGAAAUUUUGGUGGCGCAAUGCUCUUUACAUUAAUACGUAUUUCGCGAUGGACGAACGAUGUAUUGUCUGGAGCUGGUAUUUAGCGAACGAUACACUGUUUUAUAUCAUCGGAACAAUUAUUCUUAUCGUUGGAGCAAGGUUCCUAUCGACAGCCGCGAUCAUCACGCUCUGCCUGUUGAUCGGCUCCUGGACGACCACAGUCGCCGUCUCUUUGAAAUUGGAGCACGUAGUCAGCGUUCAAGAUCCGUUUGCUCGCUACGAGAGCUUGUACGACAAGCCCUGGUCGAGGAUCGGACCGUAUCUUCUGGGAAUGAUGGCAGGAUGGUAUCUGUACAAAACCGAUUGUGAAAUGAAAAUCAGCAAAACGGUCGCUUCAGUGCUUUGGCUCUUUUCUUUCGUCGCGAUGCUGAGCAUCGUCUACGGAGUGUACGGGAACACGUUCAGCCCAUUCGUCUCCGCGUUGUACACCGCGUUAUCGCAUUCCGGAUGGGCCGUUUCCAUAGGAUGGAUCUUGAUCGCUUGCGUCACGGGACAUGGACGUUUGAUAAACAAGAUACUGUCCUGGCCAGGUCUGUACCCCCUCUCGAGACUAAGUUAUUGCGCGUAUUUGGUGCAUCCCGCGAUCAUAAGGGCGGUCGUGUUGCACGGCGAAUCUUCCAUACACCUCACGAGAGGACUCAUGGCGAUUCUGUUCCUGGGAUUUACGGUAGCAACGUACGCGGCCUCGUUGAUCAUCAGCCUGCUCUUCGAGGCCCCCGUGGUCUCUCUGCUGAGAAUAGUUCACCCAUUGAGGAAGUGGAAAAAAGCAAAGUAGCUCGACAACGAGAUAAUCGCAGAUUGUUUUGCAUCGGUUAAUUGCGGAUCAGCGUUACUCGCAGAAGUCAGAGACACCGUUCGCGAUUGAGAAACAGCGACCUUACGUAAGAGACUUGUGGAAAGAGCGUGGCUCGCGAGUCCCGAGCGUAUCAUUCUAAAAAUUUAAACGCAGAAAAACGACCGUGAACGCUUCCUGAACACAGACAACGACGCAUAUAAACAAUCGACAGAUACUUCGUCAAUUUACUUGUUCGACAGAUAACAUCAAUUCUGGAAAUAAUUAUUCGGCGAUGAUCACUGAAA